AUGAAGAUUAUGGUUCUCUUCCUCUGUUACUGUUACAUUGGUUAUACAUCCUCUGUUUCAGCUUCCAUCGACAAUGGCAGCGAGCUCUCCGUUUUGCUUUCCGUGAAAUCAACUCUCAUUGAUCCUCUCAACUUUCUCAAAGACUGGAAGCUUCCAGAAACCAACGAUCACUGUAACUGGACCGGUGUUUGGUGCAACUCCCACGGCAAUGUUGAGAAGCUUGACCUCUCGGGAAUGAAUCUCACUGGCAAAAUCUCUGAUUCGAUCAGACAGCUGAGAAGCCUUGCCUCGUUCAACAUCUCAUGCAACGGAUUCGAGUCCCUGCUCCCGAAAUCGCUCCCUCCGUUGAAAUCUAUAGACAUUAGCCAGAAUUCAUUCUCAGGGAGUCUUUUUCUAUUUGGUAACGAAUCAUUCGGACUCGUUCACCUCAAUGCUUCAGGUAACAAUCUCUCUGGAAAUCUCACGGAGGAUCUCGGGAACUUAGUCUCUUUAGAAGUUCUUGAUCUCCGGGGCAAUUUCUUUCAAGGGUCACUUCCAAGCUCAUUCAAGAAUCUACAGAAGCUGAGAUUCCUCGGAUUAUCCGGAAACAAUCUCACCGGAGAGUUACCAAGCGUUCUCGGUGAGCUCUCUUCACUUGAAAGCGCCAUUCUUGGGUACAACGAAUUCGAAGGCUCGAUUCCGCCGGAAUUUGGGAACAUCAACAGCCUCAAGUACCUUGAUUUGGCCAUCGGGAAGCUUAGCGGUGAGAUUCCGUCGGAGCUAGGGAAGCUCAAGUCACUCGAGACGCUUCUCGUGUACCAGAACAACUUCACCGGCGAAAUUCCACCAGAGAUCGGAAACAUUUCCACUCUAAAGGUUCUUGAUCUCUCCGACAACGCGUUAUCCGGCGAGAUUCCAGUGGAGAUCACGGAGCUGAAGAACCUGCAGCUACUUAACCUUAUGCGCAACAGACUCUCCGGCUCUAUUCCUCCCGCGAUCAGCAAUCUGGCUCAGUUACAAGUCCUCGAGCUCUGGAACAACACGUUCUCCGGCGAGCUGCCAAGCGAUCUCGGGAAGAAUUCUCCGUUACAAUGGCUUGACGUCUCUUCAAACUCCUUCUCCGGCGAGAUUCCUUCGACCCUGUGCAGCAAGGGAAAUCUAACCAAGCUCAUUCUGUUCAACAACACCUUCUCCGGCCAGAUUCCGUCGACUCUAACCACCUGCCAGUCGCUAGUACGUGUCAGGAUGCAGAACAACCAUCUCAACGGUUCGAUUCCAAUAGGCUUCGGCAAGCUUGAGAAGCUACAGAGGCUCGAACUAGCCGGAAAUCGUCUCAGCGGAGGGGUUCCGGGAGAUAUCUCCGAUUCGGUUUCGCUUUCUUUCAUUGAUUUCUCCAGAAACCAGAUCCGAUCAUCCCUCCCUUCAACGAUCCUCUCGAUUCAUAACCUGCAGGCGUUUUUGGUCGCCGAUAACUUUCUCUCCGGCGAAAUUCCGGACCAGUUCCAGGAUUGUCCUUCGCUCUCAGGUCUCGAUCUCUCAUCAAACAGUUUCACAGGCACUAUCCCGUCCAGCAUUGCUUCAUGCGAGAAGCUCGUAAGCCUCAACCUGAGAAACAAUCAUCUCACCGGGGAAAUCCCCAGGCAGCUCACGACGAUGUCCGCAUUGGCCGUGCUCGAUCUGUCUAACAAUUCCUUAACCGGAAAACUUCCAGAGCGCAUCGGAAUGUCCCCGGCACUUGAACUCCUCAACGUCUCAUACAACAAGCUCACAGGCCCAGUCCCUAUGAACGGCUUUCUCAGAACCAUAAAUCCAGAUGAUCUGAGAGGAAAUUCUGGUCUCUGCGGCGGCGUUCUUUCCCCGUGUAACAAACGCCCGGCGGAAACAACUGGUCACAGGAGUCUCCACGGGAAACGAAUUGUGGCCGGAUGGUUGAUUGGGAUCGCAUCGGUUUUCUUCUUAGGGAUUCUCGUCAUCGUUACUAGAACUAUGUACAAGAGAUGGUACUCCGACGGAUUCUGCGGCGAAGAGACGGCGAGCAAAGGCGAAUGGCCUUGGAGACUGAUGGCGUUUCAUAGGCUAGGAUUCACAGCCUCCGAUAUCCUAUCCUGCAUCAGAGAAUCGAACAUGAUCGGAAUGGGAGCCACCGGAAUCGUAUACAAAGCGGAGAUGUCACGAUCCAACACGGUGCUCGCAGUGAAGAAGCUCUGGAGAUCCGCCGCCGAUAUCGAGGAUGGAACAACCGGCGAUUUCGUAGGCGAAGUAAACCUCCUGGGAAAAUUGAGACACAGGAACAUCGUCAGGCUCCUGGGAUUCCUAUACAACGACAAAAACAUGAUGAUCGUAUACGAAUUCAUGCUCAACGGGAACCUCGGCGACGCGAUUCACGGCAAAAACGCCGCCGGGAGGCUGCUCGUCGACUGGGUCUCGCGUUACAACAUCGCGCUUGGUGUCGCUCACGGCCUCGCCUACCUCCACCACGAUUGUCAUCCUCCGGUGAUCCACAGAGACAUCAAAUCAAACAAUAUCUUGCUCGACGCGAAUCUCGACGCCAGAAUCGCCGAUUUCGGACUCGCCAGGAUGAUGGCCAGAAAGAAGGAAACCGUUUCGAUGGUCGCCGGUUCUUACGGUUACAUAGCUCCCGAGUACGGAUACACAUUGAAGGUGGACGAGAAGAUAGACAUAUACAGCUACGGCGUCGUGUUGUUGGAGCUUUUAACGGGAAGAAGACCAUUGGAGCCGGAGUUUGGAGAAUCCGUAGACAUUGUGGAGUGGGUGAGAAACAAGAUAAGAGACAACGUAUCACUUGAAGAAGCGUUAGAUCCAAACGUUGGAAACUGCAGUUAUGUGCAAGAAGAGAUGCUUUUGGUUCUACAGAUCGCUCUUCUCUGCACCACGAAACUCCCUAAAGACAGACCUUCAAUGAGAGAUGUGAUAUCGAUGCUCGGAGAAGCUAAACCGAGGAGGAAAAGCAAUAGCAAUGAAGAAAACACUAGCCGUAGCUUGGCCGAGAAACGUACAUCGGUUUUUAGUACUUCACCUGUAAAUGGCCUUCUUUAG